AUGGCAGAAAGCAACUGCAGCCAAGUGACCGAGUUCAUCUUGACAGGCUUCACAGAGAACCCAGGGGCUCAGGUCCUCCUCUUUCUGCUGUUCCUGCUCACCUACCUCCUGACCAUCCUGGGCAACCUGGGGCUGCUGGUGUUGAUCAGGACCACCCCUCAGCUCCACUCCCCCAUGUAUUAUUUCUUGGCUAACUUGGCUCUCGUAGACCUCUGCUCCUCCACCACCAUCACCCCCAAGAUGCUGGUGGACUCCGUCUCGGAGAAGGUCAUUGGGUACGUCGGGUGUGUGGCUCAGGUCUUCCUUUUUGACCUCUUUGGCAUGACUGAAUCCUUCCUGCUGGCUACGAUGGCUUACGAUCGCUACGUGGCCAUCUGCCACCCUCUGCUGUACCCCCACACCAUGGCCCCCCAGCGCUGCUGCCAGCUGGUGGCUGCUUCCUAUCUCCUGGGCUUGACCAACGGCUUGGCACAGACUCUCGGCAUGUUCAACCUCUCCUUCUGCGGCUCUGCUGCCAUCGACCUCUUCUUCUGUGACAUCUCCCACCUGAUCUCCCUCUCCACCUCGGACACCACCCUCAGCAGCACCAUCCUAAGCACUUUAGCAUCUUUGUUUGGUGGCUCCAGCAGCUUGCUUGUCCUGCUCUCCUAUGUGGCCAUCAUCUCCACCAUCCUCCAGAUGCAUUCAGCCCAGGGCAAGCGCAAAGCCUUCUCCACCUGCGCCUCCCACCUGGCUGCUGUCAGCAUCUUCUACGUGACCUCCUUUUUUAUGUACUUAAAGCCCAGCUCACACAGCUCCAGAGGAGACAACUGGGCUGUGGUGAACUAUGCUGUGGUGACUCCCAUGCUGAACCCCUUCAUCUACAGCCUGAGGAAUAAGGAGGUGAAGGAGGCGUUGAGGAGGCUCAUGAGAAUGAAAUGA